CUCCUUACACCCACCACCCACACACCACACACACACACGCCACAAUGCAGAUCUUCGUGAAGACGCUCACCGGCAAGACCAUCACGCUCGAGGUCGAGAGCAGCGACACGAUCGACAACGUGAAGGCCAAGAUUCAGGACAAGGAGGGAAUCCCGCCGGACCAGCAGCGUCUUAUCUUCGCUGGAAAGCAGCUCGAGGACGGACGUACCCUGAGCGACUACAACAUUCAGAAGGAGUCGACGCUCCACCUCGUGCUGCGCCUGCGUGGAGGCAUGCAGAUCUUCGUCAAGACCCUCACCGGCAAGACGAUCACGCUUGAGGUCGAGAGCUCCGACACCAUCGACAACGUCAAGGCGAAGAUUCAGGACAAGGAGGGCAUUCCUCCGGACCAGCAGCGCCUGAUUUUCGCCGGCAAGCAGCUCGAGGACGGCCGCACGCUGUCCGACUACAACAUUCAGAAGGAGUCGACGCUCCACCUGGUGCUCCGUCUGCGCGGUGGUAUGCAGAUUUUCGUCAAGACGCUCACCGGCAAGACGAUCACGCUGGAGGUCGAGUCGAGCGACACGAUUGACAACGUCAAGGCGAAGAUCCAGGACAAGGAGGGUAUCCCGCCGGACCAGCAGCGUCUCAUCUUCGCGGGCAAGCAGCUGGAGGAUGGCCGCACGCUCUCGGACUACAACAUCCAGAAGGAGUCGACGCUCCACCUCGUGCUGCGUCUGCGUGGCGGCCAGUGAUUGUCACGCGUCCGCUGUCUUUCCUCUGUAACACCUCCGCUCCGGCCCCAUCGCCGUUAUCCCCCGCGCGUGUAGCGCAAUGUGAAAC